AUGAGAAGUCCAGGCAAAGAUUUUUGGUUAAAUAUGAAUACAGAUUGUUCUGACGAGUCUGAUGAUGAUGAGGACUACAUUCCAAACGGCGAUGUAAUAGAAGAACGCGAAGAUACUAAAGGAAAUAGUUCUCGAUCACCGACGUCAAAUAGACGCGCAUUAAGGUCCAGAAAUGGCAAUGGGGUUAUCGUCAAUGGUCAUACUAAUAAUAAUCCUAAUCGUAGCAAUGGCAGUAUUGCCAAUAACACAACAAGUCGUUACAAUUUUUUAACUCAAAGUCCAAUGAUAGGAGGUCCUUUCAACAAUUCAGCUCCAAAUCAUCAGCUUAAGAAAUUGGAUGUUCCAUUUCAAAUAUUUUCAGAACCUUUUAAUCGUUAUCAUGAUGAUCAAGAAAAAGAAUUACAAUCAUUGGUUAGAUUGGAAAGGCGUGCAACAAAGAAAUGUCAUGAAGUGAAUUGUGAAUUAGAUAAAUCAAGAAGAGAAAUAGAUACCAGAAAAAAUAAUCUAAAGCUAAUAAAUGAUCAAAACAAAUUGAUUCGAGAACAAAUUGAGAGUAUUCAUAAUUUGAUUAUUCCAAUUUGUCAACAAGUUUCUGAUGAAUUAGAUGAUUUAACUAUUGGACCUUUCCUUGCAAAGUUUGUAAAAAAUUAA